UAUCUCUCUCUCUCUCUCUCUACACCAUAUCUUUCUCUCUCCUCGCCAUCGCCAAAUCCGGCGAGAUUAAUGGAGUAUAUAUAUGUAAUUUAUUUUUCAUGAUCCAUUUUACAUUCCACUACGACAGCACGAUUUGAUACACCCACUCAUUUGUUACAGUGCAUAGAUCACUAUAAGCGUGGUCUAUUCAUUUAUUGCCGUUCGAUCAAUCUCGUGCUUCGUGACGAUAGAUUUUAGUUCACCGGGUUGUACGGUGAUGCUUGAUUGAUCAUCAAGGAUUGAGAGUUCUUGUCUGGAUUUGGUGCUAAGUCGAGACCUAUGUCGGGGCCAUUGGAUCGGUUCGCGAGGCCAUGCUUUGAAGGGUCCUCUGGUAAUGAUGAGAGAAGAGAAAGAAAAUCUGAUUUUGAGAACUCAGAGGAUGAAAGAAGGACAAGAAUUGGUUCACUGAAAAAGAAAGCAAUAAAUGCAUCUACCAAGUUCAGACAUUCUCUCAAGAGAAAGAGCAGUAGAAGAAAGAGUGACGGUCGAGUUAGCUCUGUCUCAAUUGAGGAUGUACGAGAUGUUGAGGAGCUACAAGCUGUUGAUGCAUUUCGACAAGCUUUGGUAUUGGAUGAAUUGCUACCUGAAAAACAUGAUGACUAUCAUAUGAUGUUAAGGUUCUUGAAAGCAAGGAAAUUUGAUAUCGAAAAGGCAAAGCAUAUGUGGGCCGAUAUGAUCCAAUGGAGGAAAGAUUUUGGUGCUGACACUAUUAUAGAGGAUUUUGAUUUUGGGGAGGUAAAUGAAGUGUUAAAGUAUUAUCCCCAUGGUUAUCAUGGCGUGGAUAAGGAGGGAAGACCUGUCUACAUUGAAAGAUUAGGAAAAGUUGACGCCAAUAAGCUUAUGCAAGUUACAACCAUGGAUCGCUACGUAAAAUACCAUGUCCGAGAGUUUGAGAAAAGUUUCAAGUUUAAGUUUCCUGCUUGUACCAUCGCUGCAAAAAGGCACAUAGAUUCAAGCUUAACGAUUUUAGAUGUUCAAGGCGUUGGUUUGAAGAACUUUACCAAGACUGCACGGGAACUCAUUACGAGGAUCCAGAAGAUUGAUGGUGACAACUACCCUGAAACACUCCACCAAAUGUUUAUCAUCAAUGCUGGUUCUGGUUUUAAGAUGGUUUUGAAUAUGGUUAAGUCUUUUCUAGACCCCAGAACAACAUCCAAGAUUCAUGUUCUUGGAAACAAGUACCAGAACAAGUUGCUCGAGUUUAUUGAUGCCAGUGAGUUGCCAGAUUUUAUGGGGGGUAGAUGUACCUGUGCGGAUAGCGGGGGUUGCCUUCAUUCCGAUAAAGGGCCAUGGAAAAACCCAGAAAUAUUGAAGAUGGUUCUAAAUGGUGAAGCACAGUGUGCUAGACAGGUUUUUAAAGUUCUAAACAGUGAAGGAAAGGUAGUUGCGUAUGCUAAGCCACAGUACCCAAUGAUAAAAGGCAGUGAUACAUCCACUGGGGAGUCGGGGUCUGAAGCUGAAGAUAUUGCUUCCCCCAAAGCAAUGAGGAAUUAUUCACAUCUUAGGUUGACUCCUGUUCGUGAAGAAGCUAAAGUUAUUGGAAAGGCAAGCUCUGCUGCUAGCUUCUCAGGAUAUGACGAAUAUGUUCCUAUGGUCGAUAAGGCUGUUGAUGCUGGAUGGAAGAGGCAAGCAUCCUUCCAAAAGCCUUCUGCAUCCAAAGGCACAUUUCAACCGCCUUAUACUCAAAAGGCACCAGAAGGGCUCCGUGCUCGGAUAUUGGCAGUGCUUAUGGCCUUCUUCUUGACCCUUUUUGCACUGUUCCGUUCGGUGGCAUUCCGUGUAACAAAGAAACUUCCUAACUCAUUAUAUGAUCCUGACCAAAAUAUUCAGGAACUUGCCCUUGAUGUGUCCAAGGAGGAGGAGCUCCGCCCCCCUUCUCCAACUCCAGCAUACACACAAGCAGAACUACUUUCAUCUGUUCUAAAACGAUUGGCUGAGCUUGAAGAGAAGGUUGAUACACUUCAAGCAAAGCCAUCUGAGAUGCCCUAUGAGAAAGAGGAACUGCUGAACGCCGCUUUUUGCCGUGUGGAUGCCCUAGAAGCAGAGUUAAUUGCAACUAAAAAGGCUCUGCAUGAGGCUUUGAUGAGCCAAGAGGAAAUGCUUGCUUACAUAGACCGUCAAGAAGAGGCUAAAUUUCGGGAAAAUAAGUUUUGCUGGUAAGAGGUGUUGGAUAUGAACGAGGGAGUCCCGCAAUAUGCAAGGAUAUGCUUAUACAGAUGCUGAACAAUACCACCCACCCAAGUUACUCUUCACGGGAUUUGCUGUUUAGAACAAUGUCAUCUUUCCAUAGAGAUGAAAUACAUACCCGUGAUGAAAAAAUUGUAUAAUUAAGUUUGUUUUACUUGCUCUUAUGUUGUGAGUUUCAAUUUUAUUUCAACUUUUCAUGUAAUGUUUAUAAUUUGUGGCGUUUAUGAUCAGAGUGCUUUU